GUAAAAGAGACACGCGAACUGCUGCAGCAACUAGAGUGAAAGGGGCCGACAGCCUGUGGAAUGAAUGCAGCCUGAGUUCAUGGCCUGGCCGUGAUAUGCCUGGAGGGUUGGAAGUACUUCUAUAUAAAUUUAUGUGUCAGAGAGUGUGAGUGAGGACGGGAGAGGGACAGGGAGAGCGGACUGGCACACAUACUUGCAUUCAACCAAAGUGCACACACACCUGUUUGUCAGAGUAACACAAUGUCCCACUAUGAAUUUGGCAUUUCAGCCAGGCAGCCACUGGGCAUGGACCACUGCGGUGUAAAGCGAAAUGCACUCGGAUGAACUGUCUGCUACCUUUAAUUUUGUUUAUCUCAAAUGAUUAGCAAGAGUUAAAAAUAUUUCUUUCUUUCUGUCUUUGUAUAUUUUUGCAAACAGAUAUGGAAGAAGUUGUGGAGUGGAAAACUAAUAUGAAGGACCAGAGAACAGGACUAGAAAAAACAGCUCAGGCAGAGGAGCAAAUGAGAAACACAUCUCCAGCUCUACGUUUUGGGUUGUUGAAUGGAGUGGGGAAUAUCACAGAGCUGUGCAAAAGGCAGACAAAAACCAAUAAAACAUACUCGUCAUCAGCUGUAUCCGAUGCGACCCCUGUGGUCGGUCACGUGGGCCUCACAGAAUUCAUGAAUGCAUCCAGUCAAGGUGAUCUGAAAGUGAUAGACCAGUAUCUGAGUGAUGGUGGAAACCCUGAUGUCCAUGAUGAGUUGAAGAGGACAGCAUUACACCUGGCCUCGAUGGAAGGAAACUCUGCAGUUGUCCAGAUGCUUCUGGAUAGAGGAGCGGAUAUCAACUUUAAAGAUCGACUGGGUUCCAGAGCCCUACACUGGGCCUGCAGAGGGGGGAAUCUGGAAGUUGUCAAAGUGCUGAAGAGCCAUGGGGCUGAUCUCGACGUCGGAGAUAAGGUGAAUGAAGGCGACACAGCUCUGCAUGACGCAGUGAGACUCAACAGAUACAAAAUAGUCAAGAUGCUCAUUGUUGCAGGAGCUGACACAACAAUGCAAAAUCAUGAGGGACUGACAGCAGUGCAGCAGGUAAAAAAGUGGCAGUUUGACAUCAUGGAGACCCUUCAGAGACUGGAGAAGCAGAAAGAGGUGGGACAUGUGCCACCUCAAACCCCCCCUGAGAGAAACCUGACUAGUUCACCAUAAAGCUGCACAUCCAUUCAUUUCCAUAACCUCAUUUGUUACAUCUACGUCUCAGGUUCUAUUAUCUUCUGUAAUUCCAUUGUGGGUUUGCGUGCAACAGUUUCUACCAUAUAUCAUCUCUGAUUUUUGAAGCAACGUGAUGUACAUUCAACAAAAAAACAAACAACAAUCUUUCUUUCCAGGGCAACGGUUAUUAACUCUGAGAUUUAACAGCUCUCAGAGAUUAGUCAGAACUGUGACUCCAAAACAUGUCAGAACUGAUAAACAGAUUCAAGAUGAUGUGCCUCUCUUAAAAAACAGCAAAAAUACUAAUGAAUACGGAUUUAGGUUUAUUUUGAAACAUUUUGCCUCCAGGCUUUAGUUAUUAGCCUCUGACAGUCUCUCACGGAUAUUUCAUUUAUGCGGUGCUUGUAUUUAGAAUAUAUACUGUUUAGAGAAUACAGAAUAUGAGUAACAUAUUCACUUACAGCCACUGUCAAAACAGAUUGUUACACUCUUAAAAUCUUAAAAUAAAUCAGUUACUUAUGUAUUUACUCAGAAAUGUUAAAGGCCUCUCUAAUUUUCCAUAGUUUCCGGAUUUGCAAAGUCCAAAGUGUAUCCGCCUGUUUACACACAACACAGAGGAGUUACAGUGAAUGAUUUGCAUGUUUGAAUGACCAUUAAAUUUACAUUUGUGUUAGUCAUGUUCUGUGUGUUUGCUCAUUUCACUGUGGGAAAAACAGGGUGGAAACCUGGCCUUGCCUUUUGCCAUUUUUAUUGGGAGAGGAUUAGUUGCAACAAAAUGCACAUCAGGAA